AUGGAGCAGAAUUUGACAGACCUGCUGGGCAGCAUUGGCUCUGAGGACAUAUUGAUGAGUUACAUCUCACCAACACCUAACUCCUCUGCAGCCUAUGAAUAUGCCUUGUACUACUCAGAGCUACACAUCAUCUGCAAUCCUGAAGGUGUUCCAGCAUUUGCAUCUACCUUCUUUCCAGUGCUGUACUCCAUACUGUUUGUGGCAGGCCUCGUGGGAAAUGCUUUGGUUGUUUGGAUUCUGGCAGUUUCCAUGAAAAUCAAGACCAUGACUGACGUGUAUCUGCUGAAUCUGACAGUCUCUGACCUCCUCUUGAUAUUCUCCCUGCCCUUCUUGGUUCAGUACUCCAUUGUGAGCCAGUGGAGUUUUGGAAAUGCACUGUGUAAAAUUAUCAGCUCAGUUUACUUCAUUGGUUUCUACAGCAAUGUCUUCUUCAUAACCAUCAUGAGUGUCGACAGGUACUUGGCCAUAGUCCACUCCCUCCAUGUCCAAGGGAUUCGGACAACUGCCGUUGGCUUUAUCACCAGUCUGGUCGUUUGGGCAGUUGCCAUUUUAGCAUCAAUGCCAGACUUACUUUUUUUCCAGGAAGUGAAUGACAAUAACCAGAUUAAGUGCCUCCCUCACUAUCCUGAUGGCCACAAUGGCUGGAAGACUUUCAGUAAUUUUUUAGUCAACAUCCUGGGGUGGCUAAUCCCUGUUGUUGUCCUCGUUUUCUCCUAUCACAGCAUCUUGAAAAACCUUCAGAAGUGCCAUACCAAGAACAAGUACAAAGCAAUUAAACUGGUUUUUAUUGUUGUCGUUGUGUUCUUUCUCUCCUGGACCCCUGUCAACAUUGUGCUGUUUUUGGACUCUCUGAGGAACAUGUCCAUCAUCGACGACUGCCAGACAAGCCAAAGGCUAGACCUAGCCGUGGAGCUGACUGAGGCACUCUCCUUUGUCCACUGCUGCCUCAACCCAGUCAUCUAUGCUUUUGUGGGUGAGAAGUUCAAAAAGCAUCUCUGUGACAUUUUCAAAAAAUCUGCAUGUUUUCUGUCGAACUGCAAAGGCUGCGGGGCUUUCAGUGGGCGCAGCCUGGACAAGCACUCCUCUCUGCACACAAAGUCCUCACAGUUGUCUUAUGUUGGCACUGUCUUGUAG